UUCCCUUCUCCAGACUUCAGCCCAGCCACGGUAUCCGUACCUCUUCGCGAACGUCCCCCUCCGCCGCGCAUUCCAUUUCGCGCCAUCGACACUCUAUCGUUGCAUCCCUAAUUGUUGCCAGCUUCAACCUCCGUCGUCAAUCGAAGCCACCCGGCAACCCGUCGUCACAAUGGGCAAGAAGAAGCGCGGACACCCCGACGUCGAGGACGUCCUCUCGCGGCCGUGGUGCUACUACUGCGAGCGUGACUUUGAAGAUCUGAAGCUUCUUAUUUCCCAUCAGAAGGCUAAGCACUUCAAAUGCGACAGAUGCGGUCGCCGACUCAACACUGCUGGAGGUCUCUCCGUCCAUCUGAACCAGGUCCACAAGGAAACGCUCACCCAGGUUGAGAAUGCGCUACCGAACCGACAGGGCCUUGAUGUGGAGAUCUUUGGUAUGGAGGGCAUUCCCCAAGACAUCUUGGACCAGCACAGGAAUCGCAUCAUCCAGAACUUCUACCAGGCACAGGAGGACCGUCGUAUUGCCACGGGAAACCCUCUGCCUGGUCAGUCCAAGCAACCGAGGAAGAAGCUCAAGAUCGAAACCCCCGAGGAGCUGAAGGCCCGUCUUGCCGAGCACCGCGCGAGGAUAGCUGCCGGACAUACUCCAGGCACCACUGGCAGCCCAGCCAACGGCGCCCCGGCGAGCGCAAGCCCGGGUGCAUUCAACAACUCUCCCUACCCUCCGCCGCAGGCGCCUUACGGUGCCACUCCCGAUCAGAGCUUCCCAGCCGGAGGUACGCCCGCUGUGCCCGUUGUGCCCGGUGUACCUGGCGUGCCUGGUGCACCUGCAUACCCGCAGCAGGGCUACCCACAAGGCAAUUAUGCUGGCUUCUCUCCGUCAUCUCUUCCCGCGAGGCCGACAAGCAGCCUGCAAGCGAUGCCCGGCCUUCCUCAGCGGCCGCCCCAGUAUGGUGGCCAGUUUUGGAACGGCACUGGAGCCCCGCCGCCUGGGUACCCCGGAGCAUCAACUGUUGAUGAGCUGGUCUCCGGCGCGGCCCACCACGGCGAUGAAAUUGAUGAGCUUAUUCGGAGGGCCGAGUCCGGCAUCAAGGCGCCCAAGAAGCCCGAGGACGAGGCUGCAGAGGAGGCCGCGGGCGAAAAGAAGUCCAAGAAGGACAAGAACGGCAGGAUGUUCUACGCAGACACGGAGGUCAGCCCCGAGGAGCGCAUGGCACAAUUACCGAGAUACGCCUACGUGCCCCCUGCAUCUUAGCCACGUCUUCCUGUCUGGCUACUUGAUUGUCAACCUGGAGGCGCGGCGUUUCGAAGGCGGUUGAUCAACGUUGCAUGCCACAAGCACGCGCCUCCGCCAAAAGUUGCGAUUUUCCAUAUUCAGGGCGAGGACGACGGCAUCCCACUGGAGCGGAGUUUAUAUGGCGUAUCUGGGUUUGGGAUGUAAAUAUCUGUAAGGAACGCACUGGAAAUUCCGUCACUGUACCCAUCGCAGGCUGUGGCGCUGAACAAGACGACAGGCUCUGCGCUGCAAAAUAGCCACCUUCCCAUGAUGUUUGUUGUCGAUUUUGAAAGAUUCCGGGUUGGCAGGCUUUUAACCACCUGCCACGUUCACUUUGUUCCUGACAAUAACCCUGCAGGAUAAGGUGACAACAUGAGUGACUGUGUUUCCAAGGCUGGGCUUCGGCCGAUAGCCUUGCACAACGCGUCCAUUAUAUUUUUGUGUUGAACGUUCAAGUCCUCACGUCACUGGGAACUUGCUCAGGAUAACCAUCAAAAGCAUUGCUCAUACUCUAGGCCAUGUAGCUGAUCGAGACUGUAGCUUAUCUGGAGCGAAGGUAGCGAGGUCGAACUGCUAAUACUGGUUAAACCUUAGCCUGUGUGAGGCUCUUCGAUCUGUACCGUUGUUUGCAAUGGCCUCAUGUAUACGGCGUCGGGGCGUCCGGGUAAUUAGAGAACCUCAAUAGUACUCGAUUCUGUAUCCAGGAGACAUGGUUCUU